AUGAAUAUCACAGCACAGAACGAAAUACAGCCUUCCAUGAACGCAACCGGAGAGAAUACCAGCACUGCCCUGAACUCUACUCCAUCACCGACAAAUGACAUCAGUACGACCUUAUACAUUUUUACCACGUUGUUUUUCUCGCUGAUCAUUUUUUUCGGUCUUCUUGGUAACAGUUUUGUGAUGGCGACUUUGAUACGUUGGCCGGAUAUGCGAACAGCGUUUAAUCUUCUGAUUGCCAAUAUCUGCUUGGCUGACUUGGGUGUUUGCGUCCUCGCAGCCCCAUUGAGGAUCAUCGAAACUUUUCGCGGAUGGAUCUUCGGAGACGCCAUGUGCUAUGUUCUCGCACCUCUGCAAGAUGUCUUCGUAGCAGUGUCCGUCAACACGCACACCGUAAUCGCGUUUGAAAGGCAUCGCGCCAUCGCCUCUCCCUUCAAGCAGAAGAUAACGCUGAAACGAGCCAAGACUGUCGUGCUGGUGAUAUGGUUGGCUUCUUACGUGGCAGCUGGGGUACCUUUGAUGAUUUUUCUCAAGAACCAACUAGCAGGCGACGGUUAUUACUACUGUUCUCUAGGUUUCACUAGUGAUAAAUAUAGAAUUGCAUACAAAAUCUACCUUGUCGUGUUGUUCAUUGUUGUGCCUCUAGUUUUGCAGUUAGUACGGUACGUGGACAUCAUUCGUGUCCUCAGAGCCAAGGAUGGAAUUUAUGCGAAAUCUUUCAAGACAAACACUUUGCAAUGGAAAGCCUUAAAAAAGCGUCUUCAUCAGAAGAAGCGUCUUGUCAGAAUGUUAGUGGUGAUUGUGGUAGGGUUUCAUUUGUGUUACCUUCCCCGCGCAAUGAUAAUGCUGAUGAGAGAAUUCGUCCCUGAUUUGAUUACCAAGCCUUGGUUUAUGUACGUGGACCUGAUAACGCUCACCAUGCUUUACCUCAAACACGUUAUUAACCCGUUGAUACUCUGCGUUAUGAGCGAUGAUUUUCGGGCCGGGUGCUUCACCAUUUGUUGCGCUAGCGAGGGUCACGAGUCCUCCAGGCAGGAAGUCCCAGCUGUUCCUCGAGCUAUCGAAUAA